AUGCAAAAUUCUUCUCUCCUCAGCAAUAGAAAACGAAUGAAAAUUUGUGUCUAUGAAAAAGUUGACAACGCUGUUCUUAAAUGGAUGACUUGUAUACGAAAUAACAAUCUGCCUAUAUCAGGUUCGUUAAUCAAAGAAAAAGCAAUUUAUUUUGCUCAGAAAUUUGGUUUUAUCGAUUUUCGUGUAAGCUUUGGAUGGUUAGAUAAAUUUAAAUCGAAACAUAAUGUUGUGUUUAAAGUUAUUUGUGGUGAGAGUGCUGAUGUUCAAGAAAAUAACUGUGAUGCAUGGAAAUUAAAUAUUUUACCAAAAUUAAUUGAAAAAUUCAAUCCAAAAGAUAUUUUUAACGCUGAUGAGACAGGUUUAUUUUUUAAAUGUUUAUCAAACAAAACGUUAACUUUUAAAAAUGAUAAAUAUUUCGGAGGUAAGCAUAUUUCGGAGGUAAAGAGCGAUUUACUUUGAUGGUGUGUUCUAAUAUGUCUGGAACUGAAAAAUAAAAACUUCUAAUUAUUGGAAAAAGCAAAAAUCCAAGGUGUUUCAAAGGCAUAAAAUCAUUUGAAACAAAUUACGAUUUUAAUAAAAAAAGAGUGGAUGACAUCAUUCAUUUUUGAAAAGUGGUUACUAGAUAUUGAUCAAAAAAUGAAUCAAGAAAAUCGAAAAAUAAUUUUUUUGGUGGAUAAUUGUAUUGCUCAUCCUCGUACCUUAUCUACAAAUCUGUAAUGCUUGCAUAUUUUCCCCCAAAUACAACAAGUAAGCUCCAACCAAUGGACCAAGGAAUAAUAAAUAAUCUUAAAGUGUAUUAUCGAAAACGUAUUUUGAACAAAGUUAUUUCAUAUCUUGAACAGAGAACAACAAUUACUCUGCGAGAUUGUAUUUCUGAGGUAUCGAAAGCUUGGAGAAGUGAUGUAACGUCUGAAACCAUAAAAAAAUGUUUCUUCAAAGCUGGAUUAAAAAAUGAAAUUAUUGAAAUAUCAGAUGUGCAUUGAGAAUGGGAGUUAGUUCACUGCGAUGGCGUUACUUUACAAGAUUAUUUGAAAAUUGAUGAAGAUAUCGCCGUAUAUGAAUCACCUACUGAAGAAAGUAUUGUAGAAGAGGUUAGAAAAAAAGAAAAUCCUGAUGAAUUUGAAGAAUAA